GUUACCAUUAUUUCACCACGCUCUCUUUCUCUCUUUCUCUUUCUCUUUCUCUUUAUUUUUUGUCUUGUGUCUUAUUUAUUUCUCUCUCUCUUAUUUCUAGGCUUAUAAUACGCAUAAAUCAAACUAUUAAAGUGAGCUAUUGACACGAUAUAUAACCAUGGAAAGAGACCCACCAUCACCAGCAAGUAGUAAUAAUAAUAAUACAACUGAAGCUUAUACAAACUCAUACAGUGCUCCAUCUGCACCACACGAUGCUACAACUUCUUCUUCUUCUUCUCCUGCGAUGACUACACCAACAGCAGAGAAUAAAGCCUAUUCAACAGCAAGUGUUCAUCAAGAACAAUCAUUAUCAGAUCAUCAUUAUAGUAAUAAUAACAAUCAGCGUAGACUGUCUAAUUCUCCCCCGCCUACUAAUUUACCGCGGUUGCAGUCACCUGCUACUACGACUGCUUCACCUUCAUAUUCCAGACAAAAGACACCUGUUGCUGAAUCCAACAAUAAUACCAAUGGUUAUCGACCUUUGAAUGUGAAAGAUGCCUUGACUUAUUUGGACCAAGUCAAAGUCAAAUUUUCAGAACAACCUGAAGUCUAUAACCGCUUCUUGGAUAUUAUGAAAGAAUUCAAAAGCCAAGCUAUUGAUACGCCAGGCGUGAUUGAAAGAGUCUCUACAUUAUUCAGAGGACAUCCUGCAUUAAUUUCGGGAUUCAACACAUUUCUUCCUCCAGGCUAUCGUAUUGAAUGUUCAACAGAUGCUCAUUUAAGAGAUGUAAUCAAAGUGACUACGCCUACAGGCACUACUAGUACAACAAAUGGAGAGCCACUUGUGUUGCAGUCAGAAACAGUGGACAAUCGUUAUUAUUCAUCAGCUAUGCCUGUUCAUUAUCGGAGUUCGCAUGGACAACUUCCUUCCAUCUCUGCUUAUCAUCCUCCUCCUCCUCCUUCAUCUUCUUCUUCUCAGACUCGCCUACCUUCUCAGCAACAUAGAUCUCAUUCACCUCCUGCGAACGACAUGAAUACUCGACGAGCACCUGUUGAAUUUAAUCAUGCUAUUAAUUAUGUCAACAAGAUCAAAAACCGAUUCUCUAAUGAUCCUGACACUUACAAACAGUUUUUAGAGAUUCUACAGACAUACCAAAAAGAACAGAAGCCAAUUCAAGAAGUAUAUGCUCAAGUACAAAUCUUGUUUAACGGCGCCAAUGAUCUUUUAGCUGAAUUCAAGCAGUUCUUGCCUGACACAUCUCAACAACAACAACCAGUGCCAGCAGAAUAUUAUACACCUAAAGGCAAGUUGAAAAAGAAAGCCAUGGCAGGACUGUCAAAGCAAAAGAGAGUCAAGACACACCACCCAACAAGCAGUAAAGGCGAACAUAUGAUCACUUCUGAUGUUAGAUCAGGUCGACAACCGAUUGUUUCCACAAGCCAUUUAGAAGAUGGGCCUAUUAUUUCACUUGUAGAAGUCGAAUUCUUUGAUCGCGUCAAGAGGCAUAUUGGCAACAAACAAUCUUACUAUUCAUUUUUACGUAUUCUAAACAUGUUUAGUCAACAAGUGUUUGAUGCUAAUACACUGAUUGAUAAAUGUGAGCCCUUUUUGGGAGGAAAUAAGGAACUGUUUGAACAUUUAAAGAAACUAGUAGGCUAUGAUGGACAUGAUCGUAUUAUUGAAAAUGUACCUUUUAUUCCAAAAUUCGACCACGCAACAUGUCCAGAACACGGCCCUAGUUAUCGAUCAGUGCCCAAGAAUUGGCAAAACCAAAGUUGUUCAGGCAGAGAUGCUCUUUGUUGGGAAGUUUUGAACGACGAAUAUGUCUCACAUCCUACAUGGGCAAGUGAAGACAGUGGAUUUAUCGCAUCAAAAAAGAAUAUUUAUGAAGAAGCCUUACAUCGUGUAGAAGAAGAAAGAUAUGACUAUGACAUGAACAUUGAAGCCAAUCUCAACACAAUCACACUGCUUGAACCUAUUGCUAAAAAGAUUGCAUCCAUGUCCGAAGAAGAAAAGAGCAGCUUCAAGCUCUCUACUGGGUUAGGUGGGUCAUCAAAGACAAUUUAUCAACGCAUCAUCAAAAAGAUUUACGGCAAAGAACAAGGCAUUGAAGUGAUUGAUAUGCUACACAAGAAUCCUGCUCAAACAGUGCCUGUGAUUCUUAAGCGAUUAAAGCAAAAAGACGAAGAAUGGAGAAAAUCACAGCGUGAAUGGAACAAAGUCUGGCGAGAGAUUGAAGUCAAGAACUAUUACAAAGCACUUGAUUAUCAAGGGGUUAUCUUUAAAUCAAAUGAUAGAAAAGCAAUGUCUGUCAAAUACCUUGUGACUGAAAUCGAAUGUCUUCAUCAUGAUCAGCCUGCAGACAUGCAUAGAAUCCAGCCUCAAUUUGCAUUUGAAUUCAAGAGCAAAAAGGUCUUUAAGGAUGUUACGCGUGCCUUGUAUAGUUACUUUGAGCGACAAACAACGUAUGGUCAUGAUGAUUGUGAAGUCAUGAAAGCAUUCAUUGAAAUGUUCUUGCCUGUCUUUUUUGAUGUACCUAAUGUGCUUCCCGAAACAGACCAACCAUCACAGUCAGAUAUCACUUUAGAAGAAGAUGAGGAAGAUGUGGAUGAUGAAGAUGCUAUGGACGAAGACGAAGAUGACGAUAAUGAUACCCAAAAUUCAUACGACUCUUCCACAGAAUCAUCUCGCUCUACUCGAAGAGCAUAUUCUCGACGAGCCAAUGGUAGAAGGUCACCUCGCCAUAAGCCUACAGAUGAUGACCAUCAACGGUUACUUAAAGAUGUCCUGACAAAGACAAUAAAGACACCUUUGGAAAAGACAUCCAAGAAAGAACAGCUUUUGAUAGAGGAUGACGACGAAGAAGAAGACGAAGAAGAAGAAGGAUCUGUAAAGCAACACAAGAUUUACAAUUUAUUUGGCAAUACUACUUUUUACUGCUUCUUCCGAUUAUUUCAGACCUGUUAUGAUCGCUUAUACAAGAUGAAACAAAUUGAUCGAGACUAUAGGCACAAUGGUGAAAAGGUCAAAUUGAUGAACAAGGCAGCUUUAGAAUUAAAUAUUACUAGUACUACAUUUCAUUCUAUUGAAAUGGACUUUAGAGCAGGUUAUUAUAAAGCCCUCUUAAAGUAUCUCUUUGGAAACAAGGCAUAUAUUAUGUUCACUAUUGACAAGCUUAUGCUAUCAAUCAUGCGCCAGCUUCAUCACAUUGUGACAGAUCCAAAAGCUCAAGAACUGCUAUCUUUCUUUAAAAAGAACCAUGAACAUGAAAAGAACACACCUGCUUUAACACAGGCCUAUCGACUUGAAGUGAUUGAAGCUUUAGGCGAUGAUGACAACUUGUAUAAUUUAGCAUUUGAUACUUCAAGUAGAGUGUUAUCCAUUCAAUUGUUGGAAAAAGAAGACGAGACAUAUGAACUGGGCGAUUUUGACGGUUAUACCAAGUAUGUGACAGACUAUACCGACUUGAAUAUUGAGACUGCUGGUGUGGAUCAUAAACGACUUCAACCACAAUUCUUAAAGAGAAACUUGACUGCUUUUGAAAAGAACGAUACUCGAGUACAAUCUAGCUUGCAAUACAAAAUAUGUCAAAAUACCUAUCAUAUGUUCUUUGUCAUCAAUACUGAAGACGCCUUUGUUCGUCUUGUUCAUACAGGAGAACGCUUGAAAGCACUUCGAGCUUUGUUCAAUACUGAACAACAAAAAAUAGACGCUUUCCUUAUUCCUUCUGAAGAUGCUCACCAAAGUGAAUAUGGUGCUGACUGCGAUGCUAGACGCCACUGGAUCUCUGGCUUCACUGGAUCUGCUGGUUUCGCUGUUGUUUCGAACCAUGAAGCUGCCUUGUUUACAGACGGUAGAUACUUUUUACAAGCUACUGAACAACUUGACCAGAACUGGACAUUGAUGAAGCAAGGUCUUCCUGGAGUUCCUUCUUGGCAAGAAUACAUUGUUAACAGACUCCCUCCUGGAUCACGCAUUGGUUUAGAUGCCACUCUGACUACUGUAGCUGAUGCCUAUGAACUCCAAUCCAAACUAAGCACAGUUCACUCUGAACUUGUGCCUGUCAAAAAAAAUCUAGUCGAUAUUGUAUGGGGGAAAGAUAGACCUUCACCUCCUCUUGAUAAAGUCUUUGUUCAUCCAGUUGAAUUUGCAGGUGAAUCGCAUCAGGACAAACUUCACAAAUUACGCCAACACCUUAAAGAAAAGAAUCAAUAUGGUGUGAUUGUUUCUGCAUUGGAUGAAAUUGCUUGGUUGUUUAAUUUGCGUGGUUCUGAUGUUGACUGUAAUCCUGUCUUUUAUGCUUAUGCAGUUGUCACACAGAAAGAGACAACACUAUACAUUCAUCCUGAAAAACUAACAGCAGAAGUACGUCAACAUCUGGAAAACAUUCAACUCAAGCCCUACGAUGCUAUUUUUGCAGACUUGGGUGAACUAAAAAAUACACUGACUACAGUCAAGCAAAAAAUGAUCAUUGAUGGUAAUACAAGCAUGGCCAUUGAAAAUGCAGUAGGUGCUGAAUUUGUCAUGGACGAACGGUCUUGGAUCAACGAUGCCAAGGCUAUUAAGAACGAAAGAGAAUUAAAGGGUAUGCGUGAUUGCCAUGUCCGUGACGGUGCUGCUCUUGUUCAAUACUUUGCUUGGCUUGAAAAGAAAUUGAGUGCAGGCCAAACAUUAGAUGAAGUUCAAGCUGCUGAUCAUUUGGAGAAGUUGCGUGCCUCGCAACAGAAUUAUGUGGGCCUUUCCUUCCCCACAAUUUCAUCGACAGGUCCUAAUGGUGCCAUUAUUCAUUAUGAACCAGAGCGCGAUCAUUGUAAAGUAAUUGAUCCUAAUCAGAUCUAUCUUUGCGAUUCUGGUGCACAAUACAAGGAUGGUACAACAGAUGUUACACGUACAUUUCAUUUUGGUACACCAACAGAAUUUGAAAAGAAGUGCUUUACAGCUGUCUUGCAAGGUCAUAUUGCUCUAGAUACUGCUGUCUUUCCUGCAGGCACAACAGGCUAUUUAUUAGAUCCUUUUGCUAGAAUGUAUCUCUGGAAACAAGGGCUUGAUUAUCGUCAUGGUACUGGACAUGGUGUUGGUUCUUUUCUGAAUGUCCAUGAAGGCCCUCAUGGUAUUGGUGUAAGAGCCCCUUAUAACAACACACCUUUAGCAGCUGGCAUGACAGUAACAGACGAACCUGGUUAUUAUGAAGAUGGCAAAUUUGGUAUUCGCAUAGAGAACAUUUUAAUUGUUCGUAAAGCAAACACACCUCAUAAUUUUGGUGAUCGUGGUUACCUUAGAUUUGAACAUGUUACUAUGGUACCCAUUGGCCUGAAUUUGAUAGAUGAGGCCUUAUUGUCUCCUACAGAGAAGAAGUGGAUCAAUGACUAUCAUGCUGAAUGUUAUGAAAAACUAAGCCCUCUUGUUGCUUCUGAUUCUGAUGCUAUUGCCUGGCUUAAAAAAGAAACGCGUCCAUUAUAAAGU